AUGUUGCUUAACUUGAAGAUCUCUACUACUUUCUCUUGCACUUUUUUCAUUCGGCUUUGUGUCUUCUUUCUUUCUUUCUUUCUUUCUUUCUUUCUUUCUUUUUCCCCUUACAGUUCAUUCUUUUAUCUUCUUUUUAUCUUUUUUUCUUUUUUAUCUUUUUUAUGCUCAUCCUCCGCCUACUCCUCUUCUUCUUUUACUUCUUUUUCACAUCCCACUUUUGCUCGUUUCUUUUUCUUUCAUUCUAUCAAUUUUCCCGAAGCCAGUUUUCCGAAUUUUUCUUUAUCCUUCUUUCAAUUGCAAGUUUUUGCACCACUGUCUAUAAUUUCUCUCUUCUUGACGUUUUCGCUUUUCUUUCUGUCUACUUUUCUUUCGCUUUAUGCACAUUUUAGUAAACCUGCCUACACACUUUCUCUCCAGCACUCUCUUCCACUUUGGUCAUAUACUUUCUAUAUUGUUUUCUUAUUUAGCUUCAAUUCAUUAUCUUUUCGAUCCUUGUGCAACAUUUUUAAGCUUCUCUCUUUUUAUUUCAUACAGUUUCAUUCACUCUCUAUUCGUCUACAGAUUCUUCGUCGUUUGCUAUUUUCUUCUUUCUUUCCACGUAGCCUCAAUAUUCUUUAA